UUAAAAAAGGAAUUUAAAAGAAAAAAAGUUUUGACUGAUUGGCUUUGCUUUCGUGGGCAGAGCACAAGGUGGUGCUUGUUAGUGGUGGAGCAUAGCAAGUUUUCAAAGUGGGUAUGGAGGGGCACUUGCACUUUCAGUUAGAGGGCCCAAAUACUUGUUUCCGACUCCAUCCAGUCUUAUUGUUUGGAGGGUGAAUUCGGGGCCCAAUGUUAAUGUGGGUGAUGUUCCUUUGAAGACUGAAUAUGCUGGAGAGCUUUCAUGAGGAACAAAAUUGAAAAAGGGCCAAGUGGGCCGAAUAUUUUGAAGCUGUAAAAUGCCUGGGAUGAUGUACAAAGCGCCUGGCUCUUUCCAAAUGGCUUUAUACAAGGAUCUGCGACAGAGCAGGGUUUGCUGUGUUGGGUGUCACUUGGUUCAUGCAUUUGAAGCAUCUCAUCCUCGUUCCAAGAAUACCCAUGGAAUGUUAUUUCUUUCAGGAUCACCCUCUAAAGAAAAUGUUAGCAGCAUAAAAUGUUGGACUUUGCGUCAUUCUCAGUUUGCAGUUAGAUAAAUGGUGGCUGUGAGCUCCUUUAACCAAAGAGCUUGAGAGACUAUUCAAGGAAAAUGGCAGACAUUAGAGAUCUCAAUCAUAAGCCUCCCUCCUCAUUUGAGGCAGAAGAUGACAGUGGGCUUGAAUUAAGCUUGGGUCUAUCAUUUGGUAGAAAUAUAAACAAGUCGAAGGGCAAAGACAGUGUUAAGGAACUUAAUCCUGAUGAAGGAAAGAAAAAGGACAAGAACAUCAAAAUAUGUCUCGAUUCUGCACCUUUUAAGAAUUUUCAUCAACAAAGCAUUGGAGAGGAAGAUUAUGGGAAACAGCAGGUUGGCUCUAUGCCUCAGCAACAUGAAAACUUUUGGACGAGCUUAGAAACUACGACUUCCAAGGAACCAGAGAAGUCGAUGAGGAUGCAUAUGAAUGAAGUGCAGUUUCCAGGUUUUGGAGAGGUACAUUGUGUGGCAAAAACUUCAGAGCUUCUGAAUGCUUGUCAGCAACAGGUACUGUCAAAUGCAGAAAAGAACUCUUAUGCAGAAAGCCCUGGGGCUUCAGUCAACAAAAGUAAUACUGAUGCCAUGCCCAAAGAUAUUCAAUAUUCAACGCAUUUAGCAGCAAGAGGACAGUUUACACAGCAAAAUUUACCUGCCCAUUUCUUAGACACAUUUAGGAAUGGUAGUACAAUUGCUGGGCCUGCCAUCAUUCAAUCAUGUGCUAAUACAACUUCUCUAAUGCAUAACUCAUUUCAGCUUGUUGGAACUCAGUCUCAUUCCCUAGGAUUGAAACCAUCUAUUCAAUUGGAUACAUCACAAGGAAAGCAGUAUAUAGGCAUGGAAAAUGUAAAUUUAGAUCAGCAACAAAGGCAACCAGUGGUGCAGCAGGACUGGCAAGAUGGCAUAUCAGAGCAGCAGAAACAAAGAGAGAUGGCUACCCAGAAGUGGCAAGAGGCAAGAAAGAAGCGUAAACAAUUGAUUGAGGAACAGAAGCAGCAGAAGAAAGCUAAAAGUGAAGAUGAGAGAGCUGGUCCACAUGGUUUCCGCAGGCCUGGAAGUAGUACAUGGGCUCGUGGUUUGGAACUGCCCACUUCAUCAGUUGCUGAUAUGGAGAUGUCUAAGACAACUCAAGAUAUUCAUGACGAAGGCAGUCAGGGGCCUGAGAUGGCUUGUAUGUUUCGGCAAGGAAGGGACAAAAAUGGAAACAAUAAUGAGCUAGAUGUAGAUGAAGAAAGUAGUUCAGAAUCUCAACAAGAGCAGUCAGAUGUGUCUGACAAUGUUCAAUUUCCCAGUGUGAAGGUUGAUGAAAUAGGUAGAUACUUGUCAGGUGCUAAGGAGGGGGUGAGAUUAAAAAAUAAUAAUAAAGAUCCAGCAGAAUCUGGGCAAUAUAUGGCUGCAAGAAUGAAUGGCUUGCUGAAAUCGGAGGAAAAAUUGCAAGAUUACAGAACAUCAACUUUAGUAGGCUUUGGUAAACCUCCUGUACACUGUACCACAAUUGGAAAUAACUCCAAUCCAGCACUUGCCAAUCCGCCAACCACAGCCCCAAUCACAAUGACAAGCACAGCUCUUCCCUAUUCUAUGCCUCCCUUCCCUGUAAUGCCUGCACCCUACUCUCUUCCUACUCCAGUACCUAGCCACCCAAAUGUUCCAUUUCCUGUAGGGUAUCCAUUUUUUUGCCUCAUGCAAUAUCCACCACCAGCUGUUGAUGGCUCAAGCUGUACUGCAGCCCGCCCACCAAUUUAUCCUAAUGGCUUUCAGGUGCCUCUUGGGUAUACACCAUUUCCAAUGCCAACACUUGAAGCUUCACCAUCAUGGGUGCCGGUUUUACGUCCACAGCAAUCUCUUUCUUUUUCCACAGCAAAUUUUGGAGGUGCAAGGACUUCCUCAGAGCCUAUAGAGGAUGAAGCAAAAAUUUCUCAAGGAGUUAAAAGUUAUGAUAAACAAAAGAGUCAAGUUUCCUUGUCAACAGACAAUUCUUAUAAACAGACUAACAGUUCCAUCACCAGAUUGAUUUUUUCACACAAUAUUCAGGACCAAUGCGCUGGACCAGAUCUCCAAGUCCUGUCCAUGCUUUCAACAGGACCAGGUACUUCACUUAGCCCAUCGAAAGUACAAUCUGAUGCAGAAACACAAUUCUAUGCUAAACGUGACAGGGUUGCUGUAGUUAAGGGAUGUGAGGGUCCCAAUGCCACAGGACCAGCAACAUACAAAAUAUUAGAAAGGGACUCAGUCGAUUCUCCAGGAAAAGAUGAAAAAAAGUUGGAAACAAGGGACUUAGAUAAUUCAAACGUACAUGGAACUGGCAUAUCUCUUCAGACUUCACAGGAGGAUAUAUCAAGACAUGUGAUUGUAGGGCCCAACAUGACAAAUAGUCCUCUCCAAGAAGUAUGGAAUUUAAAGCCUGGUAUAGCAUGUGGGAUGAGUUUUGGGGGGUCUGGCACAACACCAGAUUUGCCGUGGGUAUCCACAACUGGGGUGGGCCCUAAUGGUAGGACCAUUUGUGGUGUAAUGUAUAAGUAUGAUGCAAACCAAGUUGGGAUAGUGUGUGCAUGCCACGGAAGACACAUGCUACCUGGUGAGUUUGUACUGCAUGCAGGUAAAACAGAUGCUUCGAGUCCAGAGAAAAACAUUGUGGUUAGUCCUUACAUCAGUGGCAGUGAAGCAGCAUCGGCAAAGGGGUAGAUUUGUAUGGAGGUUAAUAGCAUACAAGAAAUACUGCUGCUUUGAGUUCUAGGAAUUUGAAUUAGUGGUGGAUAUUUUACUGUCCUCGCAUCUCUUUUUGUUUCUUAACCACAUAAAACAUGGCAUCUAGUAAAUUUUGAUCUCAACAUGGAGAGAUGCUUAUGGUUGUCAGAGUCUUGUUAGUAACUUCUCCCAAAGUUUGUAAGCAUUUUGCCUGCUGGAUUCAUUGCAAAAUCGAAGUUAAAUUGUGCACAAUGCAAAAUGUUGGAACUGUUACUGUCUUGUAAUAGUAUGUUGUUUUAAAGCAUAUCGAUUGUAUGUAUCAAUGGCAUGCAAGAUAAAUGUGCUGAAGGGGAGUUUAUUGGUUGUACAUAUACAUUUUUCUAGUUAUCUAGGCAUACAGUGUGUUUAUACAAACCAGUAUUGGCAAACUCUAGCAUUGGCUUGAACAAAGAUUUUGGAGUACACUGGGUUGGGUGCAGCAGAUGUCACUAUACAAAUCAAUCAGUUUGAGUGCAGAAAGUCUGAGAACCUCACAUUUUAAAUGGAGCUCAGGCUCCUGAACAUAUCUAUUAAAGAUAAUAGGUGGUAAAAGACCAAGACUAAAGGUGGUUAGUGCUGUUGAUCAUGCUGUUGCUCUCAUUAAUGUGAUAUUUUGAUUCAGCCCCUAUUCUGCUUA